UCACUUUAUCGUUUAUCGUUUGUCGCUCAGAAAAUAAAACAUUUUUUUGUUUUUCCGAAUUAAUAUACAGAGUUAUGAAUUAAAACUUAUUUAAAAUAUACGUGACAAUUUUAGCGUCAAGCAGAAAGUAAAAUAUUUAAUAUGUGCUUAAUUUAUCAAAAGGUGUAGUGAUCGUAAAUAGUGAUUUCUCUAAAAUGCCAUUCAAUUUUUUAUGUUGUGUGAGACCUGGAGUCGAAGAUAUUGUUGAAUUAGAUUAUUCUCAUCAAUCGUUAACCGAUGUUCCCACUGAUGUGUUUGUGUACGAAAGAACGUUAGAAACAUUACUGUGCCAGUGCAAUCGUAUCACGGAGUUACCACGACAACUAUUUAUGUGCCAUGGUCUUAAGUAUUUGGAUUUAAGUGAUAAUGAGCUUCAAGCUAUACCCUCAGCCAUAUCUUCAUUAGUAAAUUUACAAUAUCUUAAUAUAAGCAGAAAUACUUUAGCAUCUAUACCAGAAAACAUGAAAGCACUCAAACACCUUUCGUUUUUAGAUCUCAGUGUUAAUCCUUUAGAAAAAUUGCCGGAUACUAUAACUAACCUUAUAGCUUUACGUGAAUUAUAUUUAAACGACACAUACCUUGAAUAUCUCCCAGGAAAUUUUGGGAGACUAGCCCAUUUACAUAUAUUAGAAUUAAGAGACAACUAUCUUAUGAUUUUACCAAAGUCUCUAUCAAGAUCAACUGAACUUUUGAGAUUAGAUAUUGGACAAAAUGAAUUUCAGCAAUUUCCUGAAGUAAUUGGUAGAUUUCUUAAGCUUAAGGAACUUUGGAUAGAUGGCAACAGUUUUACAAAUAUAACAUCUGUAAUAAAACCUUUAGAAAACUUAAUACACUUGGAAGCUAGUAACAAUAUGAUAGAAGAAUUAGCUCCUGAGAUUGGAUGUUGUUCACAGCUACAGGAUUUGUGUUUAUCAAUAAACAAUUUGACACAGUUACCAGAUAGUAUCGGUAAGCUUAAUAAUUUAACAUCCUUAAAAUUGGAUAAUAAUAGACUUUAUUCCAUACCAGAGAGUAUAGGACAAUUGAAAAAUUUAGAGGAACUUAUGUUAAUGUGCAACUAUUUGGAUAAGUUACCAUCAUCAAUUGGACUUCUAAGGAAAUUGCAAUAUCUUAAUGUCGAUGAAAAUAUGAUUAAGGCAAUACCACCUGAAAUUGGCAGCUGUAGUAAGCUAUCAGUAUUGUCACUAAGAGCUAAUAAAUUGACUAGAAUUCCACCAGAAGUUGGUCAUUUAACUGCAUUGAGAGUUUUGAAUUUGGUACGGAAUUCCUUGAGUUACUUACCACAAUCAUUGUUGAAUUGUGAAAAUUUAGUAGCCCUAUGGCUAUCUGAAAAUCAAAGCAAACCCUUGGUCCCAAUGCACUCUGAGGUAGACCCGCACAGUUAUGAACAAGUCCUUACCUGCUUUCUAUUUCCCCAAGUGCCUUUGGAACCGAUUGAGAUAAAAUCUGAUAAAGACAAACCUGAAACUGGUGAAGUUCCAAAUCCAUCAAGACAUAUUAGCUUUGUUGAUAUGAAACCGACAGUAAAAAUUCCAGAAAAAGGAAGUCAGCUAAGACGUGCCCCCACACCAUACCCCAAAGAAUUAAGAGCCAUGGCAAAACAUGCAAGGAAUAUUCACAAAGAUGGAGCACAAGAUAUUACACCACCAAUGCAAAAUGCAGUACACAUAAAGGCUGCUAAAAUAACUCCAACUUUACAACAAAGAUUUGCAUCUGAUAAUAAAAAGGUUGAAAUGGAGAGCAACCAUAAAGAAAAUACAACAAUUGUGUCACAACAGGAUCCCAUGAAUGUAUCUGUUUAUGAUAAUUUGCCUGUUGAAAAUUCCUAUGACAAGCCAUUGGAUCUUGCACAUGAGCAGGAUACAUAUAAAAGUGUUGACCAUGCUUUAUAUUCUGAAAACAAUGUCAAUGAAGCAAAUGACUAUAAGGAUGAUGAUGUUAGUUCAUACUCCUUAGCGACUACUCAUUACAGUUUAAGUCAAAAUGAUAAAUAUGUGAGACCGGACAUAAGUAGAACAAGUUGCCCGAUACAACAGAAAACUUAUGUAGAACAUCAGAACUUUCAAUCAAAUUGUGAAAGAAGUUACAGAAAUUGUUCUGAAGAACCUUGUGAACAAAUACAACGGUUGAGUCUUAGCUCCCAGGACAGACACCACUCUUGUGCGGAAGAGCCCUUAUUAGCACCACAUUACCAAGAAGUACCAUAUAACUCAAGAUGCAUGGUUGAUAGCAAACUCCAUUGUGACUCUACAUAUGCAACAAAAGAGCCAUGUUACACUAGAAAUGAGGAAAGUUACCAUGAUCCAGCAUACAGAAGUGACACUUAUACAUGUCCAAAAGACAAAAUAUAUGGACGACAAAACUAUGAUGUUUUUAAUUAUCAUCCAAAUGUGACUCGUCAACUGCCAAGCCCUCGUUUACAUACAGUAAGCCAAAUUGUCAGUUCAACAACAAUGCCAAAUAUAAGUCAUUAUAAUAACAUGUACUCUAGUGCGAGGGAUGAUUUACAAUUUACAGCAGCAAUGCAUUCUACAUCCUCACCGAAUGCAAAUCUAUAUGACGUAUCUACAAGUCCCACAUAUGUAGCGACACAAUCCCCUGAACUGUAUUCACCUACGGGUCACACAAAUGCAACAAAUCCAUAUCGGAUGACAAAUACUCCUUUGGUAUCAGAUGAUGGAAGUUUUGGACAUAUUCAGCCAAUGCUGGCUCAAAAUGUGUAUGAUAUAUAUGAUGCGAUUCCAGCAUCUUCAAAUGAUCCAGUCAUAAUAAGUAAUCGACAUAGCCCAAAUAAUAUGCCUGAAGCGACAUACGUUAGGGGUCAACCACCUCCAUACCACAUUGCAGCUCCCUACACCAAACAUGCACAAUAUUUCAAUGGGACUGGUGGAUAGCUAUAUACUUCCUACUGGGAUAGAAGGUACUAAUGACUCAGUGAAAACUUGGUUUGUGUUUUAUAAAUAUUGUAUGAAGUUACAUCCUCCACUUUGGAUGUAUGGUUUUAUUGUGAUAUGAUACAUAUUUUAUUAUGUUAGUAUUAAUGUUUAUAUUAAAAAGAUUGUAAGGUGCUAUGGGAUGGAACAUACUGGAAUGAUAUUCAAAAGAAUAUUUUUGUGGGAUUUAUUUAAAUGUGAAAAUUAAUGUAUAAAUUAGUAGGUACUUUCAAAGUACAAUGUGUAACAACUAUGUUGUUUCGUCAUAUUGUUUGUUAAAAAUGUCUAAAAAUUACAAUUUUAUGGAUGAUAUCAUUGUUACUUGAAUAGAAACGAUGUAUAAAAUUUUAAAAGCAGUUUGAAAAAAAAUUAUGAUUGUAUGUUUCAUACAUUAAAAUUCAAUUUUUACGAUUAAGAUAUAAC